AUGUACCUUGCUUUGAAAAAUUUCAGCCUUAACGGACAUCAUUUUAUUAAAAUGCGCAUUGCAAACGUGUUCUAUACACUAGUACUAACAUCGUUCACAUGCAUGCUAGUGUGCUGCACAUCUUAUAGCAACCAAUUAAACAAUCAUCGCAUUUUCCACAAUGGCUUGAGAUUACAUACAGAUGGUUCUGCGUUUAGUACAGAAUCAUUAACUCUUCAUGAUAGAAUCUUUGCAAAUCCUGAUGAGAUACGUGUUGAAUCAUCAUCUUUCUCUAAUCUCUACGCCACAGGAUAUUCCAUCCAGUUACAGUGUGGUGGAGCAAUAUUCUCUAAUGGAACAAACGUUACUGUUACCAAUUCCAGAUUUGAUAGCUGUACUGCAACUUAUGGUGGUGCAAUUGCAGCUCUUCUUGGGUCAAUUAACGUAUAUAGUAGUACAUUCGAGAACAAUUUGGGAAAUGAUUCUAUUGGUGCUAUUUGGGUCAUGUCAUGCUACAAUUCCUCAAUCCAAGAUUCUAAUUUCUCAUAUAACAGAGCCAAUCUGUAUUUUGGAUGUGUUGUUGCUAAUUACUCCCAGAUUGAUAUCCUAGGCUGUUCUUUCUAUAACAAUACGGCUCCAAAUGGCUGCUGUGCAAUAGCAAUUGAACAAUCCAAUACGGCAAAAGUCUCAAGAUGCACAUUUGAUAAUAUGACGGAGAUUCCUGUUUUAUAUAUUGAAUAUUCUAUCAAUGUUAUGAUGACUUGUCUCAACUUUGGACAGAAUAUUAAUUAUAUUGUGAAGAAUGUUAACAUAUUUAAUAAUAUUCUUCACGAUUCAUCUUGUGUACUCUAUAAUUUAAGCUCAAACGAUGAAGAAUUCGUUAGAACAGUCGAAGUUCCUACAGUCACAGAAAAAGUUGUGACAUCCUAUGUUCCAACGAUUGUUGAAAGAGUUGUAACAACAAUUGUUCCAACAUAUGUACCCACAUAUGUUCCAACAGUGACAGAAAAAGUUGUAACAACAGUUGUUCCAACAUAUGUACCAACAGUAACAGAAAAAGUGGUCGAAAGAGUUGUAACAACAGUUGUUCCAACAUAUGUACCAACAGUAACAGAAAAAGUAAUUGAAAGAGUUGUAACAACAGUUGUUCCAACAUAUGUACCAACAGUAACAGAAAAAGUAAUUGAAAAGACAGUUACUGUUCAAAAGAUUGUUGAAAAGAGAAUCACCUGUGAAGCUCCUGUAUAUUUCCCAGUUGCACGCAGAUCAGCACAUUUGCUUCUUGGUCUGAACUUUGUUUCUAAUUAA